AUGCUCAGCUUACUGGCAGCCGGACUCGCUUGUGCCAUGGGCAUCGUGUCUAUCCACGUCCUGCACAACGGUCUUCUCAUAACAGGCAUGUUGUCGGUCACCCGCCGUAGACAACCGUACCCUCCCGGUCCGCGCGGAUGGCCCGUCAUACGUAACCUACUGCAGCUACCUCAGGAUCACCCGUGGCUCGUGUAUUCGGCAUGGGCGGACACCUACGGGGACGUGGUUCACCUUGAGGCCCUCAGCGACCACAUCGUCAUACUCAAUUCUGUUCAGGCUGCCAAGGAUCUUCUCGAUGGACGCUCUGCCAUAUACUCUGAUCGCCCAGCUUCGACCAUGGCCGACCUUUGCGGAUUCGGUGUCGAGCUGGGAAUGCUGUCAUAUAACGCGGAGUGGCGCAAGCAACGGAAGAUCGUGGCCCAUGCCUUCAGUCCAGGCAUGCUAACGGGCUACCACCCAGUACAAGAGCACGAGGCACGUAGGCUCGUCCAAGGGAUAAUGCGAAGCCCCGAGACAAUAAUCAGUCAGACAAAGACACGGAUUUCAGCGAUUAUAAUGCGCGUGACAUACGGCUACACAGUCACAGGUGAAGACGAUCCGAUGAUCACCAUGCAGUUCGCCACGAUGGACAACUUUAGCCUUGCAAGCGAACCUGGCGUUUGGAUGGUGGACUUCAUACCCCAACUGCGCUACUUGCCACAAUGGAUGCCUGGGUCGUCUUUCUUGCGCACAGCAGAGCGUUUCAGGCAGAUAGAACAUGAGGCAUGUUGGGCUCCGUACUUGUGGUGCAAACAGAGAGUCCAAGAAGGAUCAGCAGAGAAGUCUCUAGUUGCGUCCGCGCUCAGUCAAUUCGAAGGCAAAAUGGAUUAUGAAGAGGAGACCGCUCUCGUCUGGGCUGCAACGUCCGGGCUCGGGGGAGGGCUAGACACGAACAUGUCCACUAUCUUCACGUUCCUACUGGCCAUGUUGCGCCACCCUCGUAUUCAAGCUAAAGCGCAGGCCGAGAUCGAUUCCGUAGUAGGCUCUGAUCGACUCCCCUCGAUAGCUGACAGACCGUCGCUGCCAUAUGUGAGAAGCAUCAUAGCAGAAGUAUAUCGUUGGCAUCCAGCUGCACCUCAAGGUCUACCUCACGCGCUCCGUCAGGACAACAUAUAUAAGGACUAUCUACUGCCCAAGUCGUCGAUCGUAAUCCCCAAUAUCUGGCGCAUGCUGCGUGACCCCGAGCUGUUCCCCCAGCCGGAUGAGUUCAGACCCGAGCGGUUUGAAAAUCGUGAUAGUGAGAUGCGCAAGGUGACCGAUGUCCUGUUCGGCUUCGGCCGCCGGGCAUGCCCUGGGUCGCAAUUCGCAGAGGGCUCGAUUUUCGCGAUUGUUGCGACAAUCCUGGCGACAUGCAGCAUCAUACCGAAGGUCGACGAACAAGGACAGCCGAUCAUACCCGACAUAGAAUACACGAGCGGGAUCAUAGUGUGA